AUGACUGAAGGGACACUGGUUCAGAAUCAUGCCUUAAAGAUGAUUGAGUUGAUAGAGAAACUCAUAUGUCUAGGAAUGGUCCUAGAGGAUAACCUAUGUGUGGAUCUUAUGCUUCAGCCCCUACCAGAUUCUUUUUCUCAGCUUAAGGUGAUUCUCCCUAAAUUUCUCAAUAUUUUGAGGGAGGUUGAGAGUACUAUCAAGAAAGAUAAGCUAGUUCUCUAUGCUGGUGAGACCAAAAAGAAAAGUAAGACAGAAAAGUCCCUUAAGAAGGGCAAGGAUAAGGGUAGACCGGGUAAAGCAAAUGUUACAAAGAAAGACCCGAUAAAGGACAAAGGCCAGUGUUUCCACUAUGGCAAAUAUGGGCACUAG